AUGGAGGGCUUGACGGCUUUGAGCCUUGUGGCCAAUAUUUGUCAAUUUGUCGACUAUGGCUACAAGAUCUACGUUGAAGCAAAACGGCUGCAAAAGUCCGGCACUGGCGCCCUAGACUCAGACAUUGCCCGCGACGCCAGACAUAUGCAGUAUUUCGCAAAAAGCUUGAAAGCAAGAAAUGUACCAUUGUCUUUGUCCGAAGAUGAAGAGAUUCUUGAUGACUUGGCGGAAGAGUGUAUGGAGUUGUCGGAUGAGCUUGAGACACUGGCGAAAACAGCCAGAACGCACCAUCCCAGCUCAAUUUUCAGUGCUAUACGGUCCGCCAUCAAGCAACGACGAAAAGGGCGGGAGAAGGAUCAGCUGGAGACCAAGCUCGAAAUGUGCAGAAGUAAAAUUAGUGUCUUUAUUGCCAACAAAAACAGAAAACAAACUCAUGAUAAGCUCUCAUAUAUCGCUGAGCUUGCCUUCUGCCACGGCCAAGAAUUGGCUGCUUUGCAGAAAAGCAUAGAAGCGCUGCAUUCAACGAUGACAAUAUCGCAUUUCAGCGGAGACACCAUUUCCGAACUGAAGUCACUCCUGGCGCUACCAGAAGAGGCAGUACUUAAAAUAAAGCAGCAGAAGAUUUUGGGCGCCUUACGAAAUGCGAACAUGAACUCAAGGCAUGAUUCCAUCGAGGAUGCGCAUGAGAAGACUUACAAUUGGGUUUUGGACGAUGAGACGCAAGUGAAAGCUGGAGAUGGCAAACUCAAGAGGCUAUCAAGAUUGAGGCAGGAACAAAGUCUAGCUAGGAGUUCUUUCAUCGAUUGGUUAAGCCAUGGCUGUGGAAUUUUCUACAUCUCAGCCAAGCUAGGCGCUGGAAAGUCUACACUCAUGAAGGCUUUAUUCAACCAUGCGAAGAUCCGGGAGUAUUUAUCUCCAUGGGCACGCGAAACCCCUCUAGUAAUCGCAGCCUUUUUCUUUUGGAAGCCCGACGAGAACCAGAAUACCAUGGAAGCCCUCAAACGUGUGCUGCUCUACCAGAUUCUUUCCCAGGCCCCUGACCUAAUUCCUUCCAUCUUUCCCGCUCAAUGGGAACACCUUAGGUAUAAGCCAGACUUGGAUACAUUUCUCGAGCAGGGCGAUAUCAAGAAUGCUUUUGACACAGUGAUCCGGUACGAUUCACUCAUUGGCAAAAAGAAAAUACUACUCUUCAUCGAUGCGCUCGACGAGUAUAAUGGUGACCACGGUGCAUUAGUUAAAAAGCUGAUUGAAUGGACAGACAACAACCAAUCUCUCAAGAUAUGUGUGUCCGGGCGUGAGUACAUUGCCUUUGAGGAAGGGUUCGCGGACUGCGCAAAACUCAAAUUACAUUAUCUCACAGCUCCCGACAUGGAGAUAUUUGUGAACGCCAGUCUGUCUGCGAACAGGGAUUGGCUUGCCCUGCGUUCCAAUGGUAGCACGAAGGCCAAAGCUGAAAAACUUGCCCAGUCUCUCGUCGACGGUGCUUCAGGUGUCUUCCUGUGGCUAUCUCUGGUCCUGAAGGCUAUUCAAGAGGCGCUUCUUAUGGGGGAUGACAUGGAUCAGAUUGUCGAAAUGGUUUACGUCUGUCCUAAAGAUAUUCUGGAGCUAUUUCAACAUUUUUUCGAUUCUAUCAAACCUUCGCAUCGUUACUUCGUCUACAAUUUAUUUGGUAUUAUGAUGCUUAAAUCUACCGAGGCUUUCAAUGCUCAUAGCAUAUUACAACUGUCAUACAUAGACGAGUAUACCAGGGACCAGGAAUUUGCUAUUCAACUUCCCGAGACAUGGACUAUAACAGAAGAAACUGAUGUGCGACACAAGAUGGCACACCGAAGAGUAGGCGGUCGCUGUCAAGGUAUGCUUCAGGUCAAGUCGCGGAAGGACCACCCGCCUACUGAAACUGAUUUCGUUGGAUUUACUCACCGUUCAGUAUAUGAGUUUUUGAAGACCCCAGAUAUACAAAAAGUCAUGGAGCCUUUUACACACUCGUUCGAUCCUUGCGAUAUCCUAAGUCAGACCCUCCUGGCCACAAUAAAAUCGUAUUCAUCCCCAGGACCUGUGGUUUAUUGGAGAAAAAACAAGACGGUUUACUUAUCGCCUAAACACGGCUAUCAACUAGAAAGGAUAUUUGACGCCAUUUCCCAGUCGAAACCUGAUGGUUGUAGAGACUGGGGCCGAUUUUACGGAUUCCUGCAGAAUUUUGCCGAGUCCUUGACCCGGAUGCAUCUACAACAAUCGCUUUCUACGGACGCCGUUGACUCUAACCUCAACUACGACGAUUAUAUCGCUAGAAAUACCCUUUACGCUGUCCUAGACGCUGCUCUAUCUCGGGGUGAAUAUCGUGUUUUUGAAUGGUCCAUAAGGCAUGGGCUGAUCAACGCUCGCCUUUUCGAAGGCGCUUCAACUUUUGAAGAGACACUUGCAGAGAAAUGGGAACAAGCCUUGGCCCAAAGCUAUGAUAUGGAGCACUAUCAGCAGUGUCUGUUUACAGCAAAUGUACUUCUGACUCUUGGAGUCUCGCCUAACGCCAGAAGAGAUAUCUCGGCCGACGUCACUGAGUCCUGCUGGGAGAGGUUUCUGUGUUGGACGAUCAGCCAAGCCGGAUCGUGUGAGCGUUUUGGGAAACGUGUCGGUCCUUGGGUAGACCUUUUCUUGCGAUUUGGCUCCAGCGCGGAUUUCGAAAUACAUGUCCACCCUACUGUUGAAAAGCUUCAUAGACAAAACGGCCGUGAAAAGUACCUUUACGAGGGGUACCCGAUUGCGCUCUUUGCGAAUGGACGAUCUGUUGGCAAGCAGGCUGACAUAGGUGUUUAUCAACUCUACUUAUCCCCCGAGUCAGACCUAGCAGCUGUGGCAAAGAGGAAAAACUUUCGUUUGGCACUACGGGAUUUAUUGCGAAUCUGGAUGCCAGCCCACGCCGACCGAUGCGACGCAAUCAUCAACGGCAGGGCCAACGAAGAGUACUUGUCAACCUCUACAUGCUCGUCCGGAAAAUCCGCGCAUUUUCUCUUGGACAAGUGUCAGUGUAAGGCACAUGAUUCUGGCAUCAACGAGAUUCACCUCGAAGAAGACAUAACAUGGUGUUAG